AUGGAAGCCUUCACUUUGCUCUUCCAGUUUUCAAAGAAUGUCUUCCUGCCCAGUGAUUUUGAAGUCUGCCUGUCGUUGGACUUGAUAGGUGGUUCUGGGUGCUAUAAGAAAGCAAACAGAAAGAAACGGAGGAUGCUGAAGAAGCUGGAGCAGACCAAAAAGAAGGCAGAAGCUGUGGUGAACACUGUGGAUAUCUCAGAACGAGAAAAGGUGGCACAACUGCGAAGUCUCUACAAGAAGGCUGGACUUGGCAAGGAGAAACGCCAGGUCACCUAUGUUGUAGCCAAAAAAGGCCUAGGCCGUAAGGUCCGGUGGCCAGCAGGAGUCAAAGGUCAGUUCAAGGUAGUGGACUCAAGGAUGAAGAAGGACCUGAGAGCACAACAACGGAAGGAACAGAAGAAAAAGCACAAGCGGAAGUGAGCAGACUGAA